CGCAGCAGCAACAUAGCCGAACACCUAAACCUAAACGCCUAAACAUGAAAGCCGCCGUCAUCAUUUUCGCUUGCCUUUUGGCCGUUGCCUUCGCUCGUCCCGCCGCUGAUACCCAAAUCGUCAAAUCCGACUCUGAUGUCGGACCUGAAAGCUACACCUACAGCUUGGAGACCAGCGAUGGUACCAAAAAGGACGAAGCCGGUCAAUUGAAGAAUGUCGGUACUGAUCAGGAAGCCAUCGUUGUUCAGGGUAGCUACACGUGGAAGGAUGAGAAGACUGGCGAAGUAUUCACUGUCACCUAUACCGCUGACGAGAACGGUUUCCGACCACAAGGCGCUCACUUGCCCGUUGCCCCAGUUGCAUAAACUACCUAUGUAGUUUGAUUGGAUGAUGCGAAGUUAAAGGUUUCUAAUACAUAAAUACAUAAAUAAGAG